GUCACGACCGUCCCAGUAAACACGACGGUUUAUUCGCGCGCGAGUCUCUCUCGAAAUCGAGACUGAAAAUUCGGGCAGCAGCAGCAGCAGCAGUUUCUCGUAACAGAAAAAAGAAAAAAAAAUCUCGCGCGCGCGACAUGGCGGACGAGGAGAAUUCCAGUACGGGCGACACGGUGGACGAGAAAAGUCCCAGUAGUACGGCUGAUAUGGUGGACGAGGAGAAUUCCAGUACGGGCGACGCGGUGGACGAGAAAAGUCCCACCAGUACUGGUGACACGGCGGACGAGGAGAAUCCCAGUACGGGCGACGCGGUGGACGAGAAAAGUCCCACCAGUACUGGCGACACGGCGGACGAGGAGAAUCCCAGUACUGGUGACACGGCGGACGGAGAGAGUCCCAGCAGCAAAGACAGUUUUAAGCCGGAAAUCGUCGACGUGAUCAGGAAGAAGGACUACGUGAGGCCGGGCGCCCACGACUCGCCCUCGCCAGAGCCCACGCCCAAGGACAGACAGGUACUGGACCCCCAGUGGGUGCACUGGAAGCCGAACUACUGCCUGCAAGCGCUCGUGAUCGCCGACGACUACGUCGACCGCGAGCUGCGCCACGCCGAGCGCGCCUACCCGACCAGUCUGCUGCCCGUCUGCAACACACCCGUGCUCGAGUACGCCCUGCACGGCCUGGCCGAGUCCGGGGUGCGCCUCGUCUACGUGUACUUCACGCGCAACUUCGACCUCGCCCGGCACUGGCUAGCCAGGCUCAGGCAGCAGUUCGCCCACAAGCAGGUGAUCAAGGCCUACUACGGCCACGAGGCCGAGUCGCUCGGCGACGUUCUCCGGGACGUCCACGCCAAGGGCUGGUUCCAGACGGAGUUCGUACUGGUGCGCGGAUCGGCAUUCACCAACGCCGAUCUCCCGGACCUGAUGAAGAAGUACCAGGAGAGGCGCGACGAGGACGAGGCCGCCAUCAUGACGAUGCUCUUCAAGCGCUACGAGAAUUUGAGGGACGCGCCGCUCAGGCACGAGCGCAUCGUGCUGUUCUACGACGACGACGACGACAAGGUGGUGAGGAUGAUCAAGCACCCGAGCUCGAGCGAGAGCCUCAAGCGGGCCGUGAGACUGCCCGACGUCAAUAACCUGCACUACAGGUUCGCCACCGACAUGCUGGACACGCGCGUCUACCUCUGCUCCGAGGAGGUGCCGCUCGCCUUCGCGGCGAAUACCAGUCUCCAUACGAUGGAGGAGUUCGUCGAUUACAUCGCCGCCAACGAGGCGGACUUCGGCGCUCGGAUAUUCUGGCGGAGGCUCGGCUACCCGGAGAUCUCGCUGCCCGUGCUGUCCUGGCGCGCCUACCGGAUGCUGACCAGGUGGAUCCUCGAACGCAAGUGUCCGCCGCUGUUCCCGGGCAAUCAUCCGGACUCUCUGCGCCCGUACAAGCUGCAGAGCCGCCUGACCAUGUCGUACCUGCACUGGAGGUCGCUCGCGAUCGACGGCUCGCUGAUCGGCAGCCGAUCGAUGCUCGGUAACAAGAGCCAGUUGGGCGACGGGUCGAUCAUGGAUAGGUCGAUCGUCGGAGACCACUGCCAGAUCGGCUCGAGGUGCAGGUUGGAGAACACGCUGCUGUUCGGCGAGACGAUCAUAGGAAACGACUGCGACCUGAAGAACGCGAUAAUAUUCCCGAGGUGCACGAUACCGGGCGGUACGCGACUGACGAAUUGCGUGGUGAUGCCCAACGUGAACGUGACGGAGACCCGAGACUUCGCGAGCGUCGUGCUGGACAAGGAGCCGACGUCCAGGCGAUUGACCGAGCGGCCGCUCGCCGAGUCGGAGGUCUAUCGAAUUUUUACCCAAGACGACCACGACGAGGACGGUUUGGACGAUUUUCCCAGCCACGGGUCGAGCAACGCGGCAUUCCUGCUGCGCGUCAGCACCGUGGUGAUGAAGGGCUACGUGGACGGACGCGCGCCCUCCGAGGUCAUGUCGCGGAUCGUCAGGCACGUGACUCCCGACAAUCUGCAGCAGCUUCCCUACACCAUAGCGAGGUCGUUUCUCGAGGUGGCCGCCAUUCUCACGGAGGGAGUACCCCAGGAGCGCAGAGUCAACGAGUACUGGGAGACCCUGGAAGGCAUGAUGAAGUACUAUCACGAGAUACUGGUGGAGCACGUGCGCGACGACGCGAACGCGCAGCAGGACUUUUUGGAGGCCCUGGACGAUUUCAUCGUCUACAACAGAGCGCUGUUCUUGCCGAUCGUCAAGGAUCUGUUCGCCUUCCUGGUGAACGAGAGAAUCAUAGGGACGGACGUUGCCAUGGACUGGUAUCGGCACGACGCCGAGUUCCCCCCGAACAUGCAGCGAGAGGAGCGAAAGAUCAUCAAGUUCAUGAGAGAACGGUGGGCCGAAAUAAUGGGCAGGGCCAUAAAGUGGGGCGUGAAAUCGGGUCGCAUGCUGCCGCCGGAAGAGACGGAGCAAGAGAAAAGAAGGAGAGAGAGGGUGGAAGCGAGACAGAGAGCGAGAGAUGAGGGACGCCUGCCGCCGCUGGAAGAAGAGACGGAAGACGAAGACGAGGAAGAGGAAGAAGCGAGACGAGAAGCUAGAGAAGAAGAAAGAGAAGAAGACAUCAAUCCAGGUAGCAAGAGAUCUCUAAAAUAA